AUGUCGCUUUCUUCAAGCCAGGCAUCUCAGAUUUUGGUUGUGCUCAGCCGUCACUCCUCCUCCUCGCCAUCCCAGUCACGGCCAGGCACCAAUAACUUGGUCUCAAUACAUUUUCGUUGCAACCGCAAGGAACAUCUCCAAAAAGUAUCAGCAGAGACCACAACGCCCACCAAGGCCUCUGAGGCCAAUUACAAGCUCAGACUAUCUGACGACCGUCAUCGAUCAAGACAUAGAGUCAAUGAUGCAGAUACUCAGGCUGGCAGACCAUCACUGCAGGUUGUCGACCUGAAGGAAGACUGGGUCCACUCUAUUUCCUUAGACACCAAACGCCAGUCGAAAGGCGCCUUCUAUGAUGGCUCGCCUAGCGUAAAUUAUCUGGUAAAGCUAGAGGAUUUUGCAGACUCCACGGGCCCUGCCAGCCCCAUCCACCUUAGCUUCAUUUUGAGGAGCAAACGCCAAUGGCCCCCAUCACAAUUGCCUUUUACUGCAGAUCUCUUCCUACAGAGUUCUUCUAUGGGCCUGGUAGUCCGAAUCUGGGCCAAUGGAAGGUCUGUUCCCAAACACAACACCACUUUCUUUGGUUACAGGCACACGAAAUACCUCUCCAUUGAAGUAGGCGGUCGCAAGAGGGGAGACCUUGUAGCGACGGGAACCCAGACCGAAGAGAUACAGUCUUCUGCAUUUGAAGUGGGUUUCUGGCUUAUCUUCACUGCAUUCGGCAGAGGAUCACAGUCCAUCGCCUAUACUGCGGCCGAUUGUUUCAUCAUUCAGGGCACCUUGAUGUGA